GGGUGUGAGUGGAAGUCAGGCUAGCCAAUGUUAGCCGCGUACAUCAUUGUAUGACCAGGUGCACUUAGAUCCGCGCAGGCUGCGGGUUCGUACUUGUUGGCGAGUUGGGACAUAGUAUGUGCUGUUGAUGGCUCACAAAAAAUAAAAUACAUAAAACCGAGUCACAUUACAUUGUUAAUUCAUGCUUAAUUGGUUUGGGUUCGCUCGCUACAGUCUGACAAGGGCUAAAGAACAAUAGAGGAGGUCCCACAGAAAUUUCGGAACUACGCCAUUGAAUUGCCCUGCUCAACGUGUGGUGCUUCGGGGUCUAUUCUGGAGUUUUGGAAGCUAUUCGCCAGGAAAAAACAAUUUAGCUCGUUAGUUACAUUGUUUUGAACGCAACAGAAACCUCAUGUUUCAAUCAUCGCAUCAACACACCGGCACUGCGGCGGCCGUUGAUGGACCAGCCCUGUGAAGAGGUGGGGCUAGAAUGGGACAGAGCACAUCGGAACAAGAGGCUGACCCCACAGAGGAAGGGCUGGUCAAUAUCAAGUCUAUAGUGGAGGACCAGCUGCAGACCAGCAUGAUGGUGGGGAUCGUAAUCGGCGCGGGAAUCGCCAUCGUCCUCAUCGCCAUCCUCAUCUUCUUCGUCCUGCGGAGGAUCAAGCUGCGAAACCUGGAGGCACAGGAAACCCCCAAAUACCGCUUCCGCAAAAGGGACAAGGUCCUGUUCUACGGGCGCAAGAUCAUGAGGAAGGUGAGCGAGCGGGUGUCCCAGUCUACCUCCUCCCUGGUGGGCAGCACCUCCUCUUCACGGCCACGCCUGAAGAAGAAGCAGAAGAUGCUCAACAUUGCCAAAAAGAUCCUGCGCUUUAAGAAGGAGGUCCCCACGCUGCAGAUGAAGGAGCCCCCGCCCUCUGUGCUGGAGGCGGACCUCACCGAGUUCGACGUGGCCAAUUCCCACCUCCCCUCCGAAGUGCUCUACAUGCUCAAGAACGUGCGGGUCCUGGGACACUUUGAGAAGCCGCUGUUUCUGGAACUGUGUAAGCACAUGGUGUUCCUGCAGUUCCAGCAGGGGGAGUACGUCUUCCGCCCCGGCCAGCCCGACAGCAGCAUCUACGUAGUGCAGGACGGCAAGCUGGAGCUGUGCCUCACCGGCCAGGAUGGUAAAGACGGAGUGGUUAAGGAGGUGUACCCAGGAGACAGUGUCCACAGCCUGCUUAGCAUCCUGGAUGUCAUCACUGGCCACCAGAGGCCAUAUCGGACAGUGUCGGCGCGGGCAGCCGAGGUGUCCACUGUGCUGCGACUUCCUGUGGAGGCCUUCCUGUCCAUCUUUGAGAAGUAUCCAGAAAGUCUGGUGCGAGUAGUGCAGAUCAUCAUGGUUCGGCUCCAGAGGGUAACAGUGCUGGCCCUGCACAACUACCUGGGGCUGACCAACGAGCUCUUCAGCCAUGAGAUGCAGCCGCUCCGCCUGCUGCCCCUGUCCCCCCACCCGUCCCGCACCAGCCCCGUCCGGCACAAGCGUUUCGGCAGCAUGACUGUGUCCGAGGAGCACCGCGAAAACGCAGUCAAGACCGAGGCCCAAGGAGGGGAUCAUGGGAAGGAAGGAACCACAGUGCCAACUCUCAGUCGGGCCAUCUCCAUGCCUGUGGACAUCGCCGGCAUCCAGAAGAGUCUGCGGUCGGACUUCGACAUGGCGUACGAGCGAGGUCGCAUCUCCGUGUCCGCAGAGGACGGCGCCCCGACCCCGCCCACCUUCACACGGUCCGUGUCCCAGGACCCGAGGGAGAGGAAGUCUGUGACUGUGGACGAGGUCCCGUCGGGGGUGUACCUGUACGCCGAGGAGGAGGCGGGUCUGGAGACCUUCUACGGGCCGCUGCACGGGCGCGCCGGCACCUCCUUGUUUGAGGAGGCUCAGAAGGAGAUCCUCAAACUCAUGCGAAUCGAGGACCCCACCUUGCUGAACGGGAGGGUGACUCUGCACCAUGCCAAAGCUGGGGCGGUCCUGGCGCGACAGGGGGACCAGGACGUCAGCCUGCACUUCGUCCUGUCCGGCUGCCUGCACGUGUACCAGCGGAUGAUUGACAAGCAGGAGGCGGUGUGCCUGUUCGUGACGCAGCCGGGGGAGAUGGUGGGUCAGCUGGCCGUGCUGACGGGCGAACCCCUCAUCUUCACCAUCAAGGCCGUGAAGGACUGCACCUUCCUCAAGAUCUCCAAGUCCGACUUCUACGAGAUCAUGCGAGAGCAGCCCAGCGUGGUGCUGAGCGCCGCCCACACCGUGGCCGUCCGCAUGUCGGCCUUCGUGCGCCAGAUGGACUUCGCCAUCGACUGGAUGGCCGUAGAGGCCGGCCGUGCCUUAUACAGGCAGGACGACCAAUCGGACUGCACCUACAUCGUCCUCAACGGCCGCCUGCGCUCCGUCAUCCGCAAGGCCAACGGGAAGAAGGAGCUGGUGGGGGAGUACGGGCGGGGCGACCUCAUCGGCGUGGUGGAGGCUCUGACCAGGCAGCCGCGUGCCACCACGGUCCACGCAGUCAGAGACACAGAGCUGGUCAAACUGCCCGAGGGAACACUCAACAACAUCAAACGCAGAUAUCCUCAGGUGGUGACCCGGUUAAUCCACCUUCUGGGACAGAAGAUUUUGGGGAACCUGCAGCAAGCCCACGGGCCCUUCUCAGGCUCUGGCCUGGGCCUUGGCAACGUGUCGUCCAGCCCCGACGUCACCAACCCGGCCAGUAACCUCUCCACGGUGGCCGUUCUGCCCGUGUGCGACGAGGUGCCAAUCAACGCCUUCAACCUGGAGCUAAGCCACGCCCUCAGUGCCAUAGGCCCCACCCUUCUGCUGACCAGUGACAUCAUUCGAGAGAGACUGGGGGCUUCUGCUCUCGACAGUAUCCAUGAGUACCGCCUGUCCGGCUGGCUGGCCCAGCAGGAGGACAUAAACCGGAUCGUUCUGUACCAGACGGACAGCAGCAUGACGCCCUGGACGCAGCGCUGCAUCCGGCAGGCCGACUGCAUCCUCAUCGUGGGCCUGGGGGACCAGGAGCCCAGCCUGGGGCAGCUGGAGCAGAUGCUGGAGAACACAGCGGUUCGGGCUCUGAAGCAGCUGGUCCUGCUGCACCGUGAGGACGGUCCGGGCCCCUCCAGAACCGUGGAGUGGCUCAACAUGCGCAGCUGGUGCUCCGGGCACCUGCACCUCAGGUGCCCCCGCAGGGUGUUCUCCCGACGCGGGCCCUCCAAGCUGAGGGAGGUGUAUGAGAAGGUGUUUGAGAAGACUGCAGACAGACACAGUGACUUCUCUCGGCUGGCCCGAGUUCUGACGGGGAACAGCAUCGCCCUGGUCCUGGGGGGAGGGGGAGCCAGGGGCUGCUCCCACGUGGGCGUGAUCAAAGCCAUGGAGGAGGCGGGGAUCCCCAUCGACAUUGUGGGCGGGACCUCCAUCGGCUCCUUCAUCGGGGCGCUGUACGCGGAGGAGCGCAGCGCCGUGCGCACCAAGCAGAGGGCCCGCGAGUGGGCCAAGGCCAUGAACUCUGUGUUUAAGACGGUGCUGGACCUGACCUACCCCAUCACCUCCAUGUUCUCCGGCUCCGCCUUCAACACCAGCAUCUACAAGGUGUUCCAGGACAAACAGGUGGAGGACCUGUGGCUGCCGUACUUCAACGUGACCACCGACAUCACCGCCUCCGCCAUGCGCGUGCACAAGGACGGCAGCACGUGGCGCUACGUUAGAGCGAGCGCGUCCUACGCCCCUUAUUUACCUCCUCUCUGCGACCCCAAGGAUGGCCACCUGCUUGUGGAUGGCUGCUAUGUAAACAAUGUCCCAGGCUCUCUGUGGCGCUAUGUGAGGGCUAGCAUGACCCUUUCGGGGUACCUGCCGCCCCUCUGCGACCCCAAAGAUGGCAACUUGCUCAUGGACGGUGGCUACAUCAACAACCUCCCAGCGGACAUCGCCCGAAACAUGGGCGCCAAGACGGUCAUCGCCAUCGACGUGGGCAGCCAGGACGAGACCGACCUCUGCAACUACGGAGACAGCCUGUCCGGCUGGUGGUUGCUGUGGAAACGGAUAAACCCCUGGGCAGAGAAAGUCAAGGUCCCAGACAUGGCGGAGAUCCAGUCCCGCCUGGCCUACGUGUCGUGCGUUCGGCAGCUGGAGGUGGUGAAGAAGAGCGCCUACUGCGAGUACAUCCGCCCGCCCAUAGACCGCUUCAAGACCAUGGACUUCGGCAAGUUCGACGAGAUCUACGACGUGGGCUACGACCACGGCAAGGUUCUGUUCACUGGAUGGGCUCGAGGUGACAUCAUCGACAACAUGCUGAAAGAUCACCGCUCUGCUGACUACAAUGACAGCAAGAAGACAGACUCCUACACGUGCCCUGGAGCAGACUUCACGGACCUGGCCGAGAUCGUGUCCCGUAUCGAACCGGUCCAUAGCUACGUUUCAGCUGAGGCAGAGGAGUCUGACUGCCUGACAGAGUACGAGGAGGACGGGAUGGACACGGUUAGGGAGGAAGAGGGGGAGGAGGAAGAGGAUGAGGCAGAUGACCCAGAGGACCACUCCCCUGGAGAGUGGGGGCCCAAUGGGGUCUUCCAGACGGACGAGGAGAAGUGCGUCCGUCAGCGGAAGACAAACCCCAGCGACUCCAACACCUGCUCGGAGGUCUCCGACUGCUGACGGCGCGGUGCGGAGAGACGCAGAGAGGAAAAGGGGAAGGAUGGAGAGGACGUGAAGUGCGAUGGCGUUCGAUCUCCUCGGAGUCGGGCAGGAAGUGGACCGUAUCGGCGGGAGGCCGGGCCAAAGAGGAACGGAUGCCCAAAUCCGACGCCGGUGACCUCAGCUCCUCCGGGCUGCGAGCCGUCGAAAACUUCCUCCCCACUGAACCCUGCGGCCGGGGCGGCUCUGGUUCUCUGCGUACCUCGACCGUCAGCCGCAAAGGGUGUCCAUCGCGUCCCCUGCCCCCACCCUCACAAACACCCCCCCCCAUUGGACUGAAAAACACUGCUUGGUGGGGGUCUGCCUUUUCCCUCUGCCUACGUCCAGUGAAAACUGAAGGGAAGUUGACUGGAGAGGACCGAUGACCAGUGUGCUGGUGGUGAGCACAGCCCCGUGGAGCCCCACUCUGGAGUCUCUCUCAGCUGUGGAGCUGAGCAGGGAGGCAAAGAGAGGCAUCUGAGGUCACUGAGGUCAUCUCGUCUCCACAGCAACCAUCCGUCUGUCUGUCUGUGUGCGUGUGCGUGCGCGUGCGUUUGUUUGUGUGUGUGUGUAUGUGUGUGUGUGUGUGUGUGUGUGUGUGUGUGUGCAUUUGUAUGUGUGUGCCGCAGCACUGCUUGCACUCUUCAGCAUUGUGGGACUGAUUCCCAGAGCCUGAGCGUCCGUCAGCAUCUCCUCUCCGAUGUGUGCGGCUGCCA